AUGCAGCACAAAUCCGGCGGCAAGGGCUCUGCCCACUGCGGCUCUGUCGCCGUCUCCAUUGUCGGCAUCGUAUUUGGCAGCGCCAUUGUCAUCGUCGUCUGCUCCUUCAUUUACUGCCUGAUCAGGAGGCAGCUCAACCUGCGCGACAAGUAUGCCCGCUGCAACGGGAACUGCGAAUGCGAAGGCGCCUCUCGACCGCCCCCUACCCGAGUUCCUCGCCGCCCUCCUCCCGCGCCCGAACAAAGCGAUGCUGUUGCCGGCCCGAGCGUUGACCCUCCACCGUACCUGGGCGAUCAGAACGAGGAACGGCAUGGUCUGAUGAGCCAUAACGAUUAUAAUAAGUCGACAUAG